AUGCUCGAGAGACAGGGAAUCUCUUAUGUCGUCUAUGAGCGCAGUGCGGAAGACACUCCUCCCCGCGGGGAAUGCUUGGAUAUUCAUCGCAGCAGCGGCCAGGAUGCCUUGAAGGAAGCCGGGUGUUUCGAAGAAUCAAGAAAUAUGCCAGUAUGGGACUCUCAGGGCAACAAACUCUUCACUUUCGGAGAAGGUCGAGAUCCGCCGGAGAUAGACCGAGCGCAAUUGAAGCAGACACUCUUGUCGGUGAUCCCAGAUGGGAAAGUGCGUUGGUCAACAGGAGUGGACUCCGCCAACAGAGAUGGAGAAGGCAAAAUUGUCCUGAGUUUAGCGAACGGGUCAAAUGAAUCUGGGUUCAACCUUGUAGUGGGAGCGGAUGGAGCUUGGACCAAAAUCCGGCAUUUGGUAACAUUUUCGGAGUCGAAAUACUCAGGCAUGCUUCUUCUCACGCUUUUCAUCCUACCUUCCAACGAGUUUUACCCGACUUUAGAAGAGAUAGCGGGACAAGGACCCCUGAUGAUCCCCGGUCGAUGA